AUGGAACCAAGGUCGAGUCUGACCAUCGUUUGCUACGAAGGUAGCAUAACUCAGUUGCACAUUAUAGGAGACGAGGGGGCUCCUCGAUUACCUCAGAGUUUCUCCAUUGAUUCCUUUGUUACUACACUUGUUAGGCUUCCAAGUUUGACAGUCCUUAGAUUGGUAUCUCUUGGUUUAUGGGGGCCGUUGCCUACUAAACUUACACGGUUAUCAUCGCUAGAAAUACUAAACUUGACUUCGAAUUUUUUCGAUGGAACCAUACCGCCUCAAAUUUCUUCAUUGACACGCCUUCAGACCCUAAUACUCGAUGGGAAUAACUUUACCGGUGGACUUCCAAAUGGCCUGGAUUCACUUUCAGCUUUGGCUGUGUUGAGUGUGAAGAACAAUUCUUUGCACGGAUCUCUGUCCGAGUCACUGGGAAGUUUGGAAAACCUCAGGGUCCUUGCAUUGUCGAAUAACAAAUUCUCCGGUGAGGUACCUGAUCUUAGCAGUUUGGAAAACCUUCAAAUUCUUGAUUUGGAGAAUAAUGCUCUAGGCCCUCAAUUCCCUGCAAUUAGUAAUAAGAUCGAAAGAAUUGUGUUAGGGAAAAACAAAUUCACAUUUGGCAUUCCAGAGAAAGUUCAAUCCUAUAAUCAACUCAAGCACUUAGACAUAUCGUCCAACCGAUUUGUGGGACCAUUUCCAGUUUCCUUGCUGUCCCUACCGUCGAUUUCUUACAUAAAUAUUGCAGAUAAUAAAUUCACGGGCAUGCUUUUCAAAGAUCUUCCUUGUAAUCCCGGUCUCGAUUUUGUGAACUUGACUUCGAAUCUGUUGUCUGGAAAAUUGCCGAGUUGUUUAGUUCCAGGUUCCGAACAUAUGGUUGUGUCAUAUUCUGGGAAUUGUUUGGUAACAGGAGAUAAAAAUCAGCAUCCAGUUUCGUUCUGUAAGAAUGAGGCUCUAGCUGUGGGAAUCUUACCUCAUCACGACAAGCGAAAACAAGUUUCCAAAACAGCUCUUGCUUUAAGCAUAACCGGAGGAAUUAUAGGUGCAAUUACACUAGUUGGUAUUGCCCUUUUAGUAGUCAGAAAUUUUAUUGCACAGAGAGCUGAAAAAAAACCCCCAACAAGAUAUAUAGAAGAGAAUGCGUCGACUAGCUACACCUCAAAGUUUCUUCGAGAUGCAAGGUAUAUAACCCGAGCAACUAAGCUAGGAGCACUUGGCCUUCCUGCUUACCGGACGUUUUCACUAGAAGAGCUCGAGGAGGCAACAAACAACUUUGACACAUUGACAUUCAUUGGUGAAGGAUCUCAUGAUCAGAUGUACAGAGGUCAGCUGAAGGAUGGCUCCUUCGUCACAAUUAGAUGCCUGAAAAUGAAAACUCUCUCGGACACUGCUUUGAGUAUUACUUGGAUGAUUCAAGUGUUAGCAGAGUAUUUCUCGUCUUCGAGUACGUGCCCAAUGGGACUCUCAGGAGCUGGAUAUCUGAGAAACACGUUAGGCGAAAACUUACCUGGGCACAGCGCAUUGCAGCUGCCAUCGGGCUACAACCUGCCUUUGCUAGCAGAUUAUAUGAGAAAAGAUCAACUCCAAAAUUUUCUCAGUGGAUCAAACGAUUUUAAGAGUGCCAGAGUAAAACAUCAGGACAAGUUCGACAUUUAUGACUUUGGUGUAAUACUGCUAGAAAUCAUUUCAGGGAAGCCAAUAAAUUCGAGGAAAGAAGUUGAGGUUGUAAAAGAUCAGUUACUCGCCAGCAUAAAAGCCGAUGAUGCAUCAAGAAAAAGUGUCGUUGAUCCAGUGAUCAACAGCUCGUGCUCGAACGAAUCAUUAAAAACGAUGAUGGAGAUAUGCUAUAGGUGUUUGCACAAGGAUCCAGUUGAUAGACCUUCUAUUGAAGAUGUACUGUGGAAUUUGCAAUUUGCCAGCCAGGUCCAGGAUGCAUCAAGAGCAGACUCCCAGAGCAGUGAUGGCUCUCCAAUUUCACCUAUGCAAUCAUCGCGAUUAAAGCUCACUAUCAAGCAGUAG